UUUGACUUCCUGAUUUUAGGGGGAGCAGGGUCCAGCUGGUCCUUCUGGUCCCAGAGGUCCCCCUGGUCUGGGCUUAAUUGGGCCUAAGGGUGAACAGGGUUACCCCGGAGAGCCUGGUCCUCAGGGAGAGAGGGGAGUUGGUGAACCAGGACCAAAGGGAGAGCCAGGGCCCAAUGGGACUGCAGGGCUUCCUGGCAUUCCUGGUGAAGAUGGACUUGUUGGACCAAAGGGAGAAAUGGGACUAUCAGGAUCCCAGGGAUCAGAGGGAGCAGCAGGAAAAGGAAUCCCUGGAGAAAAGGGGGACAGAGGGGGCCGUGGGCCGAGGGGUCUUUCAGGGCUUCCAGGACCAGCUGGGCCUCUCGGAGCUAAGGGAGAGCCUGGCAGCCCUGGAAAAGCGGGCAUCUCUGGAGCUGCUGGGCGUGGCGUACCUGGACCAAAGGGAGAUCCUGGCCCAGUGGGACCAGCUGGACCUAUUGGGGAACCUGGAGUUGGAAUCAUUGGACCUAAGGGUAAAAAAGGAAAUCCUGGACUUACUGGCCCACCAGGGAUGAAGGGAGAUGGAAUCCCAGGACCACAGGGGCUGCCGGGAUUACCAGGGACACAAGGAGAGCCUGGGUCUGAAGGCAACGGAUUUCCUGUACCUAAGGGUGACAGAGGCUUAGCAGGAGUUCCAGGGGCACCAGGUCCUCCUGGACUUGCCCUUUUUGGUCCAAAGGGAUCUACAGGGCAGCCUGGUCCACCUGGGCUCCCAGGUCCUCUAGGAAAGGGCAUUCAAGGACCAAAGGGAGAACUUGGGUUUCAGGGACUAAUUGGCCCAAGAGGAGUAUCAGGAGAUGGUCUUCCAGGGGACAAGGUCCUGGACCAGAUUUUUUCAGAGGUUCAGGAUGAGCAAGAAGACUAUAAUGUGGAAGAAGAGGUAUCUGAAGAAGAAGAGGAGGAAUACAACACAGGCCAUGAAGCCUGUUCAGAUGAAGAAGAAAUGACCCAAGCUGACAGAGGGACAUUUUUAUCCAAGAAUAGUAAAAUAGCAUGGUCCUCAUCAAACACGGACGGCACCACACGAAGAGCUGCUGACAAAAACAUCAUUAGGAUGACCCCAGGGCCAACAAGAUAUUCAGCUGCCCAUGCCAGGGACAUCUCCUCCACUUUCCUCCCGUUCAUCACACCAGCCAUUUGA